CACACGACCAACUUCCCCCCCUCCAAACAGUGCUCCUCCUCGUCCAACCGCCGGGCUUCUCGCCCAAUCCCUCCCUGUCUCCCCUUUACACUCAAUCUCCGAAACACGGCACACACAAUGGCCGACACGCCGACACCCUUCCGAACCGCCCUUCUCGCCGGCGCCGUAGCCGGCACGACGGUCGAUCUCUCGCUCUUCCCGCUCGACACGCUCAAAACACGACUUCAAUCAUCCUCUGGCUUCUUCUCAUCCGGCGGCUUCUCUGGCAUAUACCGCGGCAUCGGCUCGGCCGUCAUUGGCUCGGCCCCUGGCGCCGCGCUCUUCUUCUGCACAUACGAGGGAACAAAGGACUUUCUAGCCAGACGACGAGGCGGUACAAAGGGCUCUGCAGCAUCCGAGGCAGCGUCUCAUAUGCUCGCAGCUAGCUUUGGUGAAAUUGCUGCCUGUGCGGUCCGUGUGCCGACAGAAGUCGUCAAGCAGCGAGCUCAGGCUGGACACCACGGCGGCUCGUCGGCUAAGGCAUUGGGUGCCAUUCUUAACCAGUAUUCCACCAAGGGCUUCUUCACAGUAUGGCGCGAGUUGUACCGUGGAUGGGGCAUUACUAUUUUCCGCGAAGUUCCGUUUACUGUGAUCCAGUUCCCGCUGUGGGAGGGCAUGAAGUCGUGGAGAAGCAAGCAAAAGGGCGGUGCUCCGGUUAGCGGCAUUGAGAGUGCUGCGUUUGGAAGUGUUGCCGGUGCAGUAGCGGCCGCUUCUACGACGCCGCUGGACGUGCUGAAGACAAGAGUUAUGCUCUCCCCGGAACGUGUGAGCGUGGCAUCAGUCUUUACUAAGAUCCUGCGCGAGGAGGGCUGGAGACCGUUCUUCGCUGGUAUCGUGCCUAGAGUCACUUGGAUUUCUAUUGGUGGUGCCAUCUUCUUGGGUAACUACCAAUUUGUAGUCAAUACCCUUGGAAAGGCGUAAUGGGGGCUAAAUGUAAACAAUAAUAAUCAUGACAUAUUAGAACUUUAUAUACUGUAUUAUACGGCGUUUGACGGAUAAAUAAAAUGAUUGGUUUUAUC